AUGGCGAAGCUUGCGGAAGGGGAUUCAGGAUCCAUUGGCUCCGUCCAGAAGACACCACCACGAUCCUCCCACCCCAUCCAGAUCAUCGUGACAGGUGGUCUUGGAUUUGUGGGUUCUGCCAUUGUCCGAUCCUUGCAAGAAUUCCACCCAGAAUGGCACGUCUGGAUUCUCGACAGGGCUGAAAAUCCACGGCAAACAAACCAUCACACGCAAGAUGAUGAGCUGGACUUACUCAGGGGAUGCAAAUAUGACUAUGUCCAGGCCGACAUCACAGAUCAGACCAGUGUCAUGGAUGCACUUACUAUGAUCGAUGCCGAUGCCGUCAUCCACACAGCAGGUAUCGUGCCAUCGUUGAGCGAGAGGUAUGCGCGACGCCUAGAAGGCUAUGUCAAAGCUGUCAACGUGCAAGGGACACGGCACAUGGUCGAAGCGGCCAGAAAAACCCAAUGCAAAGCAUUUGUGUACACGAGUAGUUGCUGCGUCGUGAUAGACGACAUGAGCCAGUCCUAUGCCAACAUUGACGAAAGAUGGCCGAUCUCGCCCAAGUCGUCGAUCUACGGUGAGAGUAAAGCCGAAGCCGAGCAGGUUGUGAUUGCAGCAAACGACCAGUCAAUGUCCACAUGCGUACUGAGACCAUCGGUGCUCUUUGGUGAAGGAGAUAACCAGCUGAUACCCCCUAUCCACGCCUGCAUCGCAAAGGGAGAAACGCGCUGGGUAAUUGGGAGUGGCAAGAACCUUUGGGACACGACUUACGUUGGCAAUGUGGCUGAUGCGCACGUUCUCGCGGUCGAAAACCUUUUGGAUUUCCAAUCAGCGGAACCAAUGCGUGGUCGUAACGGCCGAACCAAAGCGGAAAGCGCUGCUGGCGAGACGUUCUUCAUACAAAACAACGAACCAAUCUCUUUCCGUGACUUCAGCCUUGCUGUUUGGAAAGAGUUUGGGCAUUACCCCCCAGCCUGGGAAAUUCACAUUCCAGAAGGACUGGGAUGGGUCCUAGGAUUGAUCGCGGAAGUCUUUACGCGAGUCUCGGGCACUCCAACGACCCUCUCGCGUGGAAGCGUAAUGGACGCCUGCGCCAUGCGAUAUGCCAGCGGUGAUAAGGCCAGGAGGAUCCUCGGCUAUCAGCCUCGAGUAGGUCUUGAGGCGGGAAUUAGGACAAGCUGUGAGGUGAGUGCUGCGGCUUCCUCCCUUGUUGUGGCUGCGGGUUGCAAAUUCGGUAGAUGGCUUUUGGGCCGGUACUAA